AUGGGCAACAUUUCUGGCUCGACAGCCUGUGACUACUCCAACACAACUGAUUAUGCAUCACCUCGACAACGAAGAUUUACCUGUAAAUCAACAACAUUGGAAAGACAUUAUUCUAUUGCCUCUCAACCACCAAUAUCUUUACCGAAUUCAUAUACUAAUGUAUCCUCACUGCAGACCAAUAAUAAUACGAGUAUUCUUUCAAGCAGUCCUCAUAGUCCUAAAGAAUGUCAGCAACAAUCUGCCAUUACUCAAAAAUUAAUGACGUUCCUUAGAUUUAAUCCUCAUUAUUCGGCAAGAACAAUACCAGAAGAACAAGAAUUAUGGAGAACUAUUAUUGCUCAAUCGGGAAUUUCAUGUAUUCUUUCUACUCCAUCCAAGAUGAGGGACUUUUACUUGUCCGGAUAUGAUUCUUCGUUUUUAAUAUUGAAACCAAAAAUUGAAGAAUUGGAGUAUGAAUUACGGCCAGUCCUCAAACACUUUGGAAGUUUUGAUGCGACUAACAAUGAUGUAGAUGAAAGUAGAGCAGAAUUAUGGCAAUUGAUUGACACUCCAGAUUAUGACAGUGCUGAUGUUGUUCAAAUGGCCAAACUCAAUAAGAAUGUCACUGGUUUAAAGUUAUUACUCUUGCCUUCUUAUCCGAGCAUUCCUAAAAACUCCAAGGUUGGUUCAAUUCCUGACAAGAAUGAAUCCCUCACAAAAACCAUGAGAUACCUAUUAUCACCAUUGGCUGUUGAUUUGAUUUUUGAUACGAGAGAAGAAAUUCACUUCAAACCAGUUGUAGCCAUUGGCUCUUUAUUGUUGGAAUGGGAUUCUACCGUAGGUCUGUGUAUUCCUAGACACUCAUUACAAUUGUCCAAAAUGCUUAUCCAAGAAAAUUGCAUUUACAGCAAUGAUAAGAUCAACAUGGAGGAAGCUCUCAAUAUUGCAAGUGAGCUUAUUUGUGAGUGGAACUUGAGAAAACCUGCAAUCUUUUCCAGUUUUGCUCCAACUAAGGGCGAAAGACCAAGAAAGCAAUCCAUUGGUUCUUAUUAUCCACCUGAACAAAAGAUUUUUGAAAAUAGGGAGAGAACAGUUGAUUCAUCAGCUAUUCACUUUGCAUACGAUUUAUUGGAAAAUAUUAUCAAGCAUUGUAGCACCAAUAUGGCUAGAAACAAUGAGGAGGAAGAGAAUGAAAUUACCCAACUCUUUUUCCCACAAACUGAGACCUGUACAUCACUUCUCAUUAAAGAAUUACUGCAAUAUUCAAGUGGAAAUACAUUGAAAUUAUUUGAUGGUGGCGAUUCCAUUUCAUUACGCUUUCCAGUGACUGAAUAUUUCAGGGAGAGCUUUGAUUUACCAGUGACAAGUCCAAAAUUUAUUGAGUUCAAUUCACAUAAGGAAUUUGAUGAAUUUGUUUUGGGAUUGUUAGAUAAGGAAGAUGAUUUGGCUAAAAAGUUUCCAUCAGAAUAUGCCAUGUUAAAAUGCAUUGAUAGAUGCUUUUGGGUAGGUCAUUUACACGAUGAUGAGGAGUAUGCAUUUGCGCCUAAACGAGAUUGCCCCUUCACAGAUCCGAGUAACCUUAUUGGUAUUACACUAACAAUGGAUCGUUAA